AUGCCUGUCUCGCUGCUCCUCUUCUUCGGCGCAGCGCUCGCCGCCGGCGCCGUGCUCUGGACCGGCCUUGUUGCACCCGCCGGCGACGACCACGACGCAAAGAGCCGCCCGAGCCGCGCCGCCGGCACCUCCACCGACGUCGAUCCGACGACGCUGCCGGCUUCCUCUCCCCCGCUGCGUCGGCACCGCGCCUGGUCGUCGCCGGGCCGCCUGGACGCCACCGCGGAGACGUCGCCUGCACAAACGGCGCCUCUGGUCUUCGCCGGGGACGUCCCAGCGAGGACGGCUCGGCGGGGAGAUCUCGAGGCGAUCGAGGCGGAGAACGCCGCGCUGAGAGAGCACAUCUCGGUGAUGCAGGGCUCGCUCGACCACGCGGCGCUCGGCCUGCUCCGGCGCGGCAUCGACGACCUCGUGGCGCAGCGCGAGGAGGCUCAGCAGCGGGGGGCGACUGCGCGCCGCGCGGCGGCAGCUGCCGAGCUCGAGGCCGGCGUCGUGGCGAUUGAGCUCCAGAUUGAGUUUCUGCGCGGCCAGGCGCGCGCUCGCCCUGCGCGCGAGAGGGAGAUCUCGGCGCGCGUCUCGGAGCACCUCGACGCAACGGGCCCCGGCGGCACAGGCGGCACAGCGGGUGCCAUCCCCUCUCCCGCCGCCUCCGAGCCCGAGCUCUACGAGCCCUUCGGGUGCGGCGAUUCGCCGGCUUCCGACGACGGCACCCCUACGCGGGUGCAGAGGGGCGCGAGCUGGAAGGUCAAGCAGUUCGGGCUGAAAUGCUCCGCCGCCGGCAACUACCCGUCGAAGGGGCCGUCACCCACCCAUUAUGGCACUCGGCGGUGA